UAUAUUCUAAUAGUACGUUUCUAUUUCACGUGUUAUCGCAGAAUAAGAACCUUCAGGUACAACUUUUAUCACAUCGUAUAAUUUUCAAAGUUAAAAUAAAUCGUUUACGAGUAGCAAUACUGAUUUAAGUCAUCAAACAAUCAAAUCCAAUUAUUUGUGAAAAAUUAUUUUGUUUUUUUUCUAAUGUAAUUAUUAGAAUUAUUAGUGCAAUUAUAAUGCUAAUAAUUAAACAUGGAAUUUCGCUACAUUAUUUUAUUAUAUUUGUCAUCGUAGGUCACGGAGUUUUUGGUAAUCAUCAUAAAACGGAUAAACGACAAACUUCAUGCUCCAUUGACAAAUACCAAUGUUCAAAUGGUUUUUGUAUAGAUUCCAUUUUAACCUGCGAUGGAAUUCCAGAUUGUCCAGAUAGUUCAGAUGAAACUCAAAAACUUUGUACAGAAAUAAUAUCAUCCUGUCCAUCCUUUGCGUUUCGUUGUAAGUAUGGCGCUUGUGUUGAUAGAAAUGUUAAGUGUGAUGGUAAACAUGAUUGUGUCGAUGGAUCUGACGAAAAUUUACCAGAAUGUAAAAAACACCAUACAUCUCAUCACAGUAGCACAAAAUGUCUUUCAGACGAAUUUCACUGUAAAUCUGGCGAAUGUAUCGACAGUACAAAUACAUGUGAUGGAAAUGUAGAAUGCAAAGAUGGGUCUGAUGAAACACACGAGCUCUGUAAAAGUAAUAGGUGUCCAAGUUACUCUUUUACGUGUAAUUAUGGUGCUUGUAUACCAAAAGAUAAAAAGUGCAAUGGCGUAAAAAACUGUGCAGAUGGUUCAGACGAAGGUGAUCGGUGUAAACAUUCUAAUGCCCACUCAACAUCAACGACUACAACUCGUAAGCCUACCACAGGAUCGCCAAACAAAAAAAAACAAUGCACUGUUCCUAAUGCGGAAGGAAGUAUUUAUACAUUGGAAAACGUUAAUAGAACCAUAUCUCCUGGCUCAAAAGUAAACCAAUACGACUUCAUCUUGGAAACUUGUAAACUAGAUUAUUUUCAAGACGGAUCCACUAGAUCAAGAGGGUGUAUAGAUAGUGAAAAAUGGACUCCGGUUUUUACAGACAUUUUAUGUUUAAAAAUGUGUCCUGUCAUGUUGUCAGAUAGCCUUAGUCUAGUAUGUACAUUUAAUGGCGAUAUAGUCCCUUGUUCAAAACCUUCUAAGCCUGGUACGAUAUUAAAACCUAAAUGCAAACCAACUCACAGUCUUCCAAACGGACAAACUGAAUAUCCAAUUGAACUCGUUUGUCAAAAAGAUGGACGAUGGAGCGGACAAUUGUACACUUGUGUCCCAGAUUGUGGAAGAUUAUUUGUCCCCAGUACGACAUUAGUUGCACACGGAAAUAAAACAGUCAUUGGAGAAGCGCCUUGGAAUGUCGGCGUGUAUCAAGUAAAUAAAGAUAAUUCUGUUGAUAUGAUUUGCGGAGGAUCAAUUAUUUCUCAACAUUUAGUUGUUUCUGCUGCCCACUGUUUUACUGAAGAAAAUGGACAAAUAAAAUACAAUAUUGAUGCUCUUGGUCUUUAUAAAAUCGGUGUUGGAAAAUACAAUAGAGAUAUUAAUUUGAGGGAUAACGAAUUUACACAAAUAAUUGAUAUUGAAAAAAUUUAUAUUCCAGAUCGAUAUUAUGGUAUAUCUGGUUUACACGCCGAGGAUAUAGCGAUUCUUAUUCUAUCAAUAAAAGUAACUAUCAGCGUAGCUGUUUCGCCAGUCUGUGUUGAUUGGAAUUUAAAAUAUACAGUAGCAAACGGAACACUGGGAUUGAUUGUAGGAUGGGGAAAAACAGAAAACUCAGAAUUGAGUCCGAGAUUAUUAAAGGCAAAUUUACCAUACCUUGACUACGCUUCAUGUCGAAAUUUAAUAAGACCACAAUUUGAGGCCUAUGUAACGAACGAUAAAUUCUGCGCUGGAUCUUUAACUGGUCAAGGUGUCUUGGAAGGAGACAGCGGGGCAGGGUUAACUUAUAUUCACAAUAAUUUACAUUAUUUAACUGGAAUUGUGAGUUUAAAAGAUUCAGAGGCAAAUGAUUCAAUUGCUCUUUUUACAGAUGUCAGUAAACAUAUUCCAUGGUUACAAAAACUUUAUUUAAAUUAUACUAAUAAUAAUGGAAUGCGGAUAAUUUAAUUUAAUUUUUUGUGUUACCAAAUGACGUGUAGUGUAUACAAAAAAAAUAUAACUAUUUACAUAAAAACGUAUUGAUGUUAUUAAAAUUUUUAUUACUAUAAUA